CAGAAAAUGGCGUCUGCAUGUAUUGUGAAAAUGAAGUUCGCAUCACUGUUGAUUGUUUUAUGGUACUUUGCUACAUCUUUAUGUCUAGCAAAAGAACCAUCUAAUGCAAGGAAGAUAACCACACGUUUAAAUCCAGAUUGUGACGUACCUGAAUGUCAAGAUGGGUAUAAUGGAAGUUACGCUAAUAUCGCUCAUAUUAAAGCCGUUGGUAGCGAGGAUACACUACAUUAUGUUAUUAGCACUAUUGGUGUUCCCUCUGUCGUAGUCAUACGAGCUGAUCCCACCAGUAGUCUCAGUUUUAAUUGGAAGAAUUUACUGUCUGACAACGCCACAGAUCGAUCUGGAUCAAUUACUUUAACUGGCACAGCUUUAAAGAACUCUUUUGCGGUUGUAUUUACAGAAUUGAUCGAGUAUAAUGACGUGGAUGAUAAAGCGACCAUUAGCUCAUAUUUCCAUGGAAACACAACCACUACAAAUUAUACAAUUCACGAUUUCGGUGAGAUGAUGUGGUCGGAAGUUGCAACAGUACCUGGUAAUAAGAACUCAGCAAUAUUUAGUCAUACUGUUUUCAAGAAUGAUUCGGAUGUCAAGAAAGCUGAAGGAUUCCUGUCUUUUACGUUUAAUGCCUAUGACAAUACUGGACGACAAAGUGUUUUACCUAAGAUGGAGUACAAUAUGAACAAUACAUUAUUAGAUUUACUGUUAAAUAAUUUGACAGCCAUGUAUGAUAAAUCACGAUUUUCUGUUGGCGUGGUGAUGAUUGGAACCAGUCAAGAUAAACCUGACAUUACGGAAACAAGAUCUCUGGAUGACGAAUAUACUCCAGGUGUAUUUAAGAUGUUUGAUUGGUCCACGAAGCCUUGUUUAAAAGAAGAUGGUGGGUAUUUAGAAUGGAAACCGAUUUGUUAUACGUCAUCCUCUAGAAACAGAUUAUCAGGAACGUAUGUCAACUCGGACGAUAGAACCGAUGGCAUGAACCAAAAACAUUAUCUCGAAAGAAGUGUAGCAUAUUCGUAUUUUGGUGAUAAACUGUUUUCUGCCGACAUGACAACCAGCGGUACCAAUAUAUCGUUUGGUCUGUCGGAAGAUGGAUUCUAUGUUAAGAAAAAUUACACAGUUUGGAGUGCUACGAUUGGUCACGGUACUCCACCACAGGAUGCCAUUUCUAUUUUGGUGAUUGGCGUUAUAUCGGCUGGUCUUGGUCUUCCAGUAGUAAUCAUUUUAUUUGGUGGAAUUUUUGUCAUUGUGAAGAAACAUAUGGCCAAAAAGGACCAGUUUUUUCUGGAAGAAAUGAAAAGGAAAAUAUUAACAGUUUUUCUGAAGAUCUGAAAAUCAAAAUGAGGAGUUGGAGGAAAGAUAGAAGAAGAAAAAUGGACGGUUGCCAGGUGUUAGUUAAUACUACUCUUUUUACUUGGUUUUAGUUAAAGAUACAUUAUGUAAGAUUUAGAUAAACAGCUGACUGUUCUCGCUAUAAUAGUUUAAAAUAGGUAAUAAAAAAUUCAAAUAUUGAAAAUUUCAGUCAAAUUACUUUAUUCUGAGCUAAGUUCGUUCGUUCAUUUCUGGAGUUUUGCGUCCACUUCCACCAGAGGUGAUAUGAUUGACAAGCUGAGUGAAGUUAUCACUGUUUGAAGAUGUUGCGUAGGUCGUUUAUUAUCAUAGCAACAGCACUUGACAACCUAUGGUGUUCAUAGCUCUUACAUAAUGUAUCUUUAAUACUACUCUGAUUAGUUGGUUUUGUCCUUAGAAAUAUUUUGUGAUAAAAAUAUAAAUCUUUUCAAAAAAUGUUUUACCGACAUGCCUAGUGAUAAGGAACCUGUCAGUCAUUGUCAGACAUACAUUCAUGCUUUUAUCAUUUUAUCAGGCAUGGUUUUGUCUUUUUUUUCAAUUUUGUUAUUGAUAUUUAAUAAUUAUCAUAGUUAUGGCUCUAUUCUUUCGCACCUUAAAAUGGAGGAAAAUUGGUCUAAAAGCACAUGUCUUAAAUAUUUGAUAUUAGGAUCCCAUAGUUUCCUGACAUGGUAACAACAUCAAUAUUGAUUGAAAUGGACCAAUAUUAAAUUCCAAUUCAUGUUUUUAAUUACGAAUGUAAUAGAAAAUAAUGAGUUAGAGGUUUAAAAGUAUAUUAACUAAUGUAAUCUCAGGGAUAUAUGACCACAAAAAACACCUGUUAUGGAUAAAAACACACACUAUGUACUAAGUUUAAAGACCCCUGCACACAGGCAAAUAAAUUGAAAUCAAAUUAUAACAUAUAUUAGUCCCAAAAUAACCUAGUUUGUGUUUAGUGGAGGUUACAAUACGAUUUGUCAAUAUGAUUAAAAUACAGACCAAUAUUUCGUUUCGGUUUUUUUAUACUUUCGAUGGCCUACGCUACAUGAAGAUCUGACCUAUUGUAGUGGAAGGUUACGUCAGAGGUCAUACGAGCGGUGUUUGACCCUAUGACGUCAGACAUUUGAUUAACCAAUCCGCGUUGAAGUUUCUAGUGGGUUAUCUACAGUUUUUUUGCAACAGACCUUUUCAUUGGCUAAUCCCUCACAUCAUCCAGAACGCGGGUUAUGUAACAAAUCUUCUAGAUCCUAUUGUAGUAAAGACAAGUAAAACAAAUUUUGAACUAGAAAAAAAGAAACGAAAUAUGAUCUGUGUUUUAAUCAAAUUGAUAUUUUGUCAGAUUAUAGAAGUGUGAAGUCUUGUUUAAAACGUGUAUUAUACAUAAAACUGAUGACUGAAUAAAUCUAAAUUUUUGUUUAAAUGUAAAUAACCCGUGGAUGGGAUCUCAUUGAUUAACGUGAGGAAUGUAAAUAGCACGUGGGUGGGAUCUCUGAAUAACGUGAGCACGUGGUUGGGAUCUCUGAAUAACGUGAGCACGUGGCUGGGAUCUCUGAAUAACGUGAGCACAUGGUUGGGAUCUCGUUGAUUAACGUGAGCACGUGGAUGGGAUCUCUCUGAUUAACGUUUGAAUUUAACUUUACUAAUUUCAAGAGGCACGUAUCGCCCCAUUUCUUUCAUCUCGAAUCUAAGUUCUCUGAUGACGGGACCGACAUUAAAGGUCUGUCGAAUCUUACUUCUCUGACGAGACCGAUCGCGAAAGCAACUAGAAACCCAGAAGACAAACACACGGACAGUAAAGAAAGCAAUGAUAGUAAAUACGUUGUCUUGUAUAGCGGCAAACUUUUCCGUAUUGAUGAUACUUGGGCCUUCUUUCAAAUUUACAGCCGAACUCAAAUGUACCGUUUGGUAUAGUGAACGCCCCUACUCUAUUCGAAAUGACGUUAAAACCAAUUCAGCUGUAAUGUAUUGAUUUUGACGUUAAUCCAAGGGAUCCCAUUCGUUGAAUAUUGUAUUAUAUUGGAUAUUAUUGUCAUAGAAUCUGUUUUGUAAAUAGUUCGGUAAAAAAAAUAUAUAUUGUAGAAAUUGUUAAUUAUGAUAAAAAUAUUUUCUUUUAGAUUAAUAAAAAAAAUAUUUGUUA